UGGGCGGAGGGAGGCGAGGGGCGGGGAGGGCGGAGCGGGCGGGAGGCGCCGCGCUGCUCCCGGCUCUGCUGGCUAGGGCGUCGGACCGGAGCCGCCGGGGGCGCGGGCGGCCCAGUGGAGCUGGCCUGAACUUCGGGGACGGGGACGGGGACGGGGACGUCGGCUCAGCUCUCCCAGGAGAAUCGAUCCCAGGAGCCAAGGCAAUGGCCUUGAAGCCUGAGAAGAGGGUCGCCUCGUCUGUCUUUAUCACCCUGGCCCCCCCACGUCGAGAUGAGGCUGUGGCUGAGGAUGUGAGGCGGGCAGUUUGCGAGGCUCGGCCUGGCCGCCCAUGGGACUCUCCUGCCCCCACGAAGGCACCCGGGGCCGGCUCAGCGGGGAGGCCCGGUCCCUGGACACCCCCUGGCAGGGCUGCAGCUGCAGUGCCGGCUGUACCCCCUCAGCUCUCCAAUGGAGGAUGUCCUCUUCCUCCUCCUACCCUGGACAGCGAGGGCGCACUCCCCGACCUGGACCUCCUCCCGCCUCCGCCACCGCCCCCACCGGCAUACCUGCCUCCUCCGGAUGAGGAGCCCCCUGCCCCCGUGGGCGCCUCACUCAUCUCUGACCUAGAGCAGCUGCACCUGCCCCCACUCCCGCCCCCACCACAGUCCUUGGCAGAGGGGCCUUCACUGCAGCCUCGGCCCAAUCAUCUCAGGGCGGCAGAGGAGGAGCUGCCGCCUCCCCCAGAAGAGCCUGCUGGCCUCCCCGAGAGAGAGGCGUCGACAGACAUCUGUGCCUUCUGCCACAAGACCGUGUCCCCCCGAGAGCUGGCCGUGGAAGCCAUGAAGAGGCAGUACCACGCCCAGUGCUUCACGUGCCGCACCUGCCGCCGCCAGCUGGCCGGGCAGAGCUUCUACCAGAAGGACGGGCGGCCCCUCUGCGAGCCCUGCUACCAGGACACCCUGGAGAAAUGUGGCAAGUGUGGCGAGGUGGUCCGGGAGCACAUCAUCAGGGCCCUGGGCCGGGCCUUCCACCCCACCUGCUUCACGUGUGUGACCUGCGCCCGGUGCAUCGGGGACGAGAGCUUUGCCCUGGACAGCCAGAAUGAGGUGUACUGCCUGGAUGACUUCUACAGGAAAUUCGCCCCUGUGUGCAGCAUCUGUGAGAAUCCCAUCAUCCCCCGGGACGGGAAGGAUGCCUUCAAAAUCGAGUGCAUGGGAAGAAACUUCCAUGAAAAUUGCUACAGGUGCGAGGACUGCCGGAUCCUCCUGUCUGUGGAGCCCACAGACCAAGGCUGCUACCCGCUGAACGACCGUCUCUUCUGCAAGCCGUGCCACGUGAAGCGGAGUGCUGCGGGGUGCUGCUGAGGACACGCACCGGCCUUGGGGCCGUGAGCUGCCCGCGAGCCCCAGGUGGGGUGGGUGGGGGUGGGGGGCUCUUCCCUGACUCGGUUUCCCUUCCUGACCUGCUCUUGCGCACUCUCCUUUGGAGCCACAACAGGGCCCAGUCUGCAGCUCUGCCCAUCACAUCUGGGCCCUGGGGGCUGAGCCGCCCCUCCCCGCAGCUCAGAGGUGGGGGGCUGGCAGACAGUCCCCCUCACACUGACAACUGCUCCUUCUACCCUCUGGGCGCUGGAAGGCUCCAUACCAUGAGCAUCAUGCCCGGAGUUCCCACCUCCGAAGCUCUGGCCCCUCUUGAGCGCUGGCCUUGACCCCCAUUUCCAGGGGCGAGUUGGGGCGUCUCCAGAUGGCACCCUGUGUCCUUAGCAGUGACCCCUUAGGUGGCCAGUAGGGGGUGCUGAGACCAGCUCUGGCUUGCAGGACUGAGCUGUUUGAGCAAAACUCCAAGGUCCUUUAAAAAGGGCUUUUUAAAAAUUUGAGGUUUAAAUGAUGGGAAACAUUCUUUGGAUACUUUUUACUGGGGGAGGAAUCUUAAUAGGAAGUGUCCCCCUUUUGUUCAUAAAUGUACAAGAAUGUCACCUAUUGGUGGCACGGCCAUGGACUGCCCACCUGGGCACCUGCACCUGGCCUUCUGGUGCCUCCUCCGCGUGCAAGAGUAAUUCAGCAGACCUGGAUUGUGCGCCUGUCGUAUGCCGGGCAAUGGUGCCGGAGCUCUGAGAGUUUGGGGCCAUGCACCCCCACACGCACACACGCAGACUCACACACUCCCCCAGGACAGUGCCAGGACUCCUCCAGGGUGUCCCUUCAGCCUUCCUGGUUAUCUCCCGAGUCCCACUCGGGCCCUCCAGCCCAGGCUGCCCUGUGACCACUGCCUCGUUAAGGCCACGCCUAGAAAAUUUUUUUCCCUUUUAAGGAAAAUCACUCUUGUUGCUUUGUAACUUCUAAGACAUUUUGUAGGGCAUGAACAAAUUAAACCAAAUGUGCUUUCCUCCUGGCCUUGGCCUGAUGGACCAGGCGCUCCUAGGAAGAUGCCCCUGGUUCCUAGCGCCGUGUUUCUCUGUAGAGCCCUCGGGGGCUUCAGACAGCGCACAGCUUCUUGCCAGAAGCUUAGAGCAGCGAGUUCCAAACUCCAGGCACCCACAAUAGCACCUCUACAGUUUUUGUCAUACCCAAGGACCACCUACUCUCUUACUUCCUUAAUAUUUUCUUUAGCUCAACAUUUCUUUUCUUUUCUCACUUCCCACUUUAGUCUUAUGCUAAACAAUAUAUCUAUGAAGUCACACGUCGAUGUGCUAGUAAUGUUUUUUCCUAUUACACAUGAAAAUAAAUGCAUAACUAUUAGAAAUGCAUCUGUGUUCCAGCUACAAUCUCGCCUAGGUAAACAGUGCUGGCCUUUGGUAGUAUAGUAGCACUGGAAAGAUGUUUGUUGGGCAUCUGCUCACUGAGUCACAAGUGUCCAGAAAGUGCCUGCAGCUCCUUCCCCCCAAACUGGGGCUCAGCUCAGUGGAUCAAGGAACUCAUGUUCCUCCUGAGCCCGGCAGUGACAUCUUGCACCAGCAUGCUGCUCCUGGACACAAGCCACCAGCAAUGAGGUUGGCUGCAGGGUGUCCAGGGUGGGGCCCUCUAGGGCCACCAGAUCCUUCAGCAGAGUCAACACCCACCUAAGGAUGUGCUCUCUGCACACAAACAGGACCACUUCCCCUGUGAGCUGGCUCCCCCGCUGCAGCUCUGCACCAACAGCUGGGCUUGCUUGGUGAGCGCAGCUUCAGAGAGAAGGGUGCAUGGCAGCAAAGGGCACUGGACUCAUAGAGGCGACUUGCGCGCGUCUCAGACCUGGCUCUGCUACUCAGUAGUGUGGACGAGUUAUUAAUCCUCUGAGCCUUGACUUCCCCAUCUGUAAAAUGGGAAAAAUACUAAUAUCUCUCCCAGAGGGUUGCUGUGAUGGAAAGAAGCGUCGGGCUGGUGAGGUUUCUUACUAGCUCACGAGGCACCUCCUCCGUCUGGUGCUGGCCAGCAAUUCUUAGCCAUCGUUCCUUUUAUCAGCCUUCCUCGAUCGUCCUGUUGAUGCCCAGAGACCACUGGGGCCCUGCCUGCAGUCAACAAGUUGGGUUUAUUAUGCUUGCUGCAGUAGGGGAGGCCACACAGCAUGGGGAAGCACAGGGCAUCUCAGUAAGCGGGUAUUAGGAGGGACUCAGAGCUUGGGCAGGCAUUGAGGGGUUUGGGGAGGAUUUAAGGAAGUGGGGUUUGCUCCGGACGUGUGCUGUCAGGAAGCAGGGAUGAUUCUGUGAUCGAGAAGCUCAAUUCAUUUAUACCUCGGAUGUGGCGCCACAGCUGGGGCUGGCAGGGAAGCAGCAGUGACUCAGAAUAGGGGGUGUUGGCAUUUUUGCACUCAGCUCAGAGGCGCUGUGCUCAGGACAUGACUACUGUGAGACUGGAGCACACCGUGACCCGGUUGUCGGGGGCCACUUUUCUCUCUUAGUCCCCGCGUUUGGUUUGGUUCAAUUUUUCCUAGCAUUGGAAUGUCACCCUGUGCUGUGAUCCCUCAUGUUCCAGCCUUAUUUCUGGCUGGUUGUGUUUGGAGGGGUGAUACCUAAAUGAAAUUCUGGGAGAUGCCUUUGUCUCCCAGGCUACACAUUUAUAAGUCACUCCAUCAGGGGACACUUCUAGGGAGAUUUCUGCAAUGUGAAAUUAGCCAGUCACAAAAAGACCAAUGCUGUUUGCUUCCAUUUAUAGAGGUACUUAGUCAAAUUCAUAGAGACAGAAAGUAGAAGGGUGGUUGGUUCGGGGCUGGAGUGGGGAGUUGUUUAAUGAGUACAGAGUUUCAGUUUGCAUGAUAAAAAGGGUUCUAGAGAUGAAUGGGGAGGAUGGUUGCAUAAUGAGAAUGUACUUUGCCACUGAACUGUAUAAAAAUGGUUAUGAUGGCACAUUUUAUGUUUUAUAUACUUGACCACAAUUAAAUAUAUACAUAUAUUUAAUGCUCAGAGACAGGGAAAGUGGCUGAUAGAGUGCUGUAGGAGUCCUGAGAGGGGGCUCCUAGGAAGGCUAGCCAUUGCUGUGUGCAAACCCAGUGAGAUGCUGCUGGCAGACCUGGGCUUCCUAAAGGCCGGUGCCAUGCACAGCCACUAGAGGGCAGGAUGGGCCAGCGAACUGGGCAUCCGCCCCUGGGGCACCAGUGUUCUCACACCUCUCACCGGAUCCUCAACUUCUCCAGAUGCAAGAUGGGAAUAAUUCCUGCCUGCCCAGGUCACAUGGUUGCAGUGAGCAUGAGAGAAGAAAACGAAAUGGAAAACUAGCAAGUGAGCGAAUGUGGCUGUGGAAUUGCUGCAACUGGAUCACAUGCUCUUGGAGGGAGACCCAUGUCAGGAGACUGAAUUCCCCAUGGGCCCAAACUCCCACCAGCCAGGAGGAUCCCACCUGGGAGUUCCCAGGCUACCACCCCUGCAAGUCAGUACCUGGGAACCUGGGCUCAGUAAGCACGGGAUUGGGACAAAGGACCACAUGGGCUUGCUGGAGAACACUGAGCCUUUCUGCUUGUCACCCCUGCCCAGAAUUCCCCUCACCUGACGCCACACCCAGGUGCUCAGAGGUGUGACCUCCACCCAGCAUGUGCCAGCCCCUCCAGGGCAACCGAAUGCUGCUCCCUACACUGCUAGAGCCACAAAUGGUGGAAAGGAAGAAUUAAGAGAGAGCAAAGAGGAUCAGGAUGGGGGAGAGAAGAGAGGCUGGGCUGAUAAGGAAGAAUUCCAGUGAUCACAAGACAUUUUCAAAGAAAUGUUUUAUCAAUUUAAAAUACAUCUCUCAUAAGGUGAAUAGCUACUCAUAAAAAAUUGAUAAUCUAUGACAUAGGUACUAUUAAUAUUCCAAUUCAAAGACAAGGAAGCUGUAUAUCAGAGAGAUGGUGUAACUGCCCAGGGCUGCACAGCAGAGGCAGGAUCAAAUCAGAUCCAGUGAAAGCUACAGGCCUCUGUUACAGACUCAUGUCACAAACACCCACAUUCUAGAAUGUUCCAGAAUCCAUCGUGUGAUACAGAUGCCAAAAUCCAGCUGAAGAAAAUCUUAAAUGUCCUGAGCCCUUCAUCUUAAGAGCUGCUGAUUGGAGGCUGCAGGCUCUUGUUUGUCAGAGAGAGGUGAUUUCCCCGUUCAUUCAGAAAGAACCUUGCAUUCGCAGUGUGUGACUCAUGCUAAUCUCCUGAGUGAUCAUCAGGUUAGAGACCGUGGAGUGCACCCUACUUGACCUUCCUCCUGCAGCAAAAAAUGUGCACUUCAGUGGAAAACUACGCACCGUCUACAUGCCACACUCCUUCCGGGUAAUUGGUCUCUAGCCUCUCACUGUCUUCGAGCUAUCUUACAGCUCUGCAGAUUGUAGGGAACUGAUCAAUUCUGUCCCAUCUGGUAGGUUUCCCUUAUGGGAAAACCAGUUUCACCUCCUUUCACCUUUGCACAUUCAUUUCACUAUUCCUGACCUAUAAAUGAGAAUGUUCUUCUGUUGCCCUUUUGAGCCCAUCAGUUAUAACAUCCACCUUGUUCCCUUAAGAGUUAAAUAAAAUGUUUAACACGUGUUGAUUUUA